ACGUGAUUUAGCAAGAAGCAAAGAUGGCGUGAUGUGGCGUGCUAGAGUAAAUGCUAAGAACAUUUAUGCUACUUUUUACAGUGUAAUGGUCUACUGAGUAGAUGUUUUCGCCGCUAGCCCGCGGAAAAGCUGGCUGGGAUGGUGGUCUUGAUUUUGAAGAUGGCUUGGAUCAAACGGUAAGACAAAAACUGCUCUUUUCCUUUCGGAUUUCUUUCUGUUUUGAAAUGAUCAUUCAAUCUAUGCCGAAAUCUGCAUGCACGAUGAAACUCUUCUGUUUUUGCUUAGCGUAGAAUUACACAGUGCGAUCAAGGGCAAGGGGAUUGAAAUUCAUAUCUGGGAAAAUUGAUAAUGCUGGAUAAUGGCAGACUGAGAUGCGGGUGAAUUCAACACCUUUGAAGUUUUGUUUAUCAAUGUAAGGCGCUUAGAGCUUUCAACCCUGGUCGGGCUCGUUUCAUACAAACCGGGUUAAAGCCUGAUCUUUGAAUAACUUUUUGGCGCAUCUGCAUUUCGUUUUGGUGGUCUGAAUUAUUCGACCAAAAUAUUGUAGAGGACUGAGAAAUUUGAGACGGUGCUAGUGGAAGUAAUAAUUUACAAAAACCGUCUGGCUGAUAAUUGACAGUGUUCGUAAAUAUUAAUUAUUACGUAAGUCCUUAACUCCAAACAGAUCGAAAGAACGGAAAAUUCGAAGGUUUAGGUCCGUAUACUUGAACAAUGCUUCUCAUAAUUGUGUUGCAAAACAUAAAAAAAGGUGAAAAUAAUAAUAAGUAAGUUGACAAGAGUAAUUUAAGAGCAGAAUAUGAACGGCCGGAGCACCAUAUUUGAACAAUUAUCGAAAAAGGACCAAAAAGACACCCCAGUGUGCAAACAUAGGUAAUUUUACUCAAUGAAAUGUCAGAGCAAUCAAGCUGAGUGUCAUCUUGUUUAACAUUAAUUUAACCGCUAAAAGAAACAAAACUGCAUGAACCUUUGACCGUUACCGUACCUUCAUGCACCACUAAAUUCGUCUUUCCAGUAAUCUUGAUCCUAUUGUGAUCAAGUUGCAAAAUUUUAUGUUUUACAGGCUGUAGAUUUGGACACUGACAUGAAUAGAUAAUUUUUCGUGAACAACACUUAAAAAAAUUUUGGUAGAAAAAAUAUUGCUAGUGGAUUUUGUUAUUCGGCUAUUGAUUUUUGUUCUUAACUUGCCCGAAGUGCUUUUGGGAAAUUCAAAUCACAGGAUUGUAAUCAAUCCUGCUAAUUCAAAAUGGUUUUUGGGCUAGCUACAGCUUGCCCUAAUGGCAGGCUGUAAAACUCACUUUCUUUGCACCCUGCAUGUUUUCUCUGGACUAUGCAUUGUUUCAUGAGUUGUGUUAAUCAACAAAACAUCUCAUUUAAAUGCGAGUGUUUGAUCUCAGAUGAAAAACAUGUUUCAUGUCAGAUGAAAACCUGGUGGUGUUUUAUCUGAUGUUUUGUCAGAUUUAUCCACCUGAUCUUAAUGGUCAUCAUUAAUAUUGGCUUUUGACUGCAGUAAAUAAUAAAUGAAUUCUAGUAUACUAGUUACAAUACAUAAUACAAAUUAUACAAUUUAUUAAUUCUCCCUAAGGAGCUUUUCAGAAUUUUAAGUAAUUUUUAGAAUUAUAUAAUUAUGUAUUGAUCAUAUUUCUUUCUUGUUUUCCAGUCCCCUAUAGAGCCUCUCUUUCCUCAGUUACUAAAUCAUACAUCACCGCGUCACAAGUCUGCCAAGUCUGCAGGCAGUUUUGUUUUGGAUGAUGGACAACUCUCCCUCCCAAAGACAUUUGUCACUCGCAAGGGUGCUAUUCUCCUUUUUACCCCAAGUGAUGAUCUUCAUUGCCAUGGUAAUGUGGAGAGCCACCUUAAAAAGGAGAGUGUGUAUGAAGCAGGGCUAAAACUAAGAACUUUGGGAAAUUUGACCCACUCGGUGCUUGAGUUUGGAAAAGAGGUGAGCUUUCAAAAAACUUGACUGAAACUAAAAUGAAACUAUCUGUCAUUUUGAUGAUUUGUUAAUUAUUGAUCUGUUUUUGUUUCUGCGUUUGUUUUGUUUUGUUCUUUGUUCUGGCAGAUGUUAGAGUUAGAUAGAUAUCGAUGUUAUUGGAACACACUGAUUGAUUUUCAUCACUUUUGCUUUAAUAAAACAAAAAUACUUUAUCUCUACCUUCUAGACGCUUUCUUUCCACAGCUGUUGUCUUAAACGAUCUGUUUCCUUUCUUUGUUCCUUUCUCCAAGGUAACUUUCUGAGGCACACAUUGUAAUCUCCUCUUUAACUAUUAUUAACUAUUUUCAAAACAUAUUUUUUAUUUAUUUUGGACUUCACCGUAUUCUUGACUUUAGGAUGAAGAAGCUUGGGAGGGCAGCGUCGUGGACAGUCCAAAGGAAACAUCACUAAAAGGGAAUCUGGAGAAAAGAGACAAAACACUGUUUUUAAGAUUUCUUCACUACCUUGACUCAGAAAACCUGACAGCAGAUAAGAAUGUUCAGCCAGGUGCUGACCCAGAUUACUACCUUGAAGAACUUAAAAAAACCAGGUGUGUAAUGUAAAUGUGAAGAACUUAUGCAACAGGAGGGCAGAAAGAGGAGGCUGGCAAAAUCUACGUUUGUUCAUGAAAAAUGUGACAACACUGGGUACUUGAUUGUUUUAUCGCAAUCUUCACUUAAUAUAACUGUGUUCUAGUCUUUUACAAAAGGGUCUGUUUAAAGGAGGUUGAAGAUUGGCACAAAAUUUUGUCAAGCAUAAUUUUGUUAUGCUUGUCACCCAAGGUUUUGCGGUCUUCUUUCCUCUUUCCAUUCUGUUGCAUAAGUUUACCAUUAUUUUUGUACACUGAUACCUCUUUAUUAGAGUCACCAUGGGAACAAAAGCAAGUAUCCAUGUUGUAGAGGUUUCUGUAAAAAGAAUGCCUGCAAACGCAGACUUAUUUCUUGAUCUGAUGUCACAUUCUCCUAUUGUCUCAUGGGCAGACAGGAGAAUGUAAUGUUAAUUCAUCAGAAGUCACUUUUUGCUCUUUUCUAACAACCCCUUGGGUUUACAAGAAUACAGCUGAACUUAAAUGGUUUCAUAUUCUAAAAUCCAGUAGCACCACCCCAUCCCCCCCGAUAAAAUGUACAGCUAGAGUACCACCAGGCGGUACUGCUUAGUUAGUUACAGAUGUAGUGUCCUAACACUUGACUGUUUAUUUUAUUUUCAGUGGUCAUAUCUCUCCAAGAAGAUUCAGGUCACACACUCCAUUUUCAACCAGAACUUCUUACUCUGGUAACACUUAUUCUCAUUUCCUGGAAGAUGACGAGGAGAUUACUGGUAUCAUCGAAGACUACAUGAAGUAUGGCAGAUCAACUGGGCAUGGCCACAAUAAGGAACACUUAGAACAUGGAGUUGUUUCAUCAGAUCACAUGCCUAAUAUUGACACUGAAGGGUAAGUAAAUGUUACAUUUGUAAGGGCUGGUAGUUUUAAUAAUUUUGGGGGAUAUUUUAUGGUUAUUUUAAGUUGCUACUUGAAGUCAAGUCUCUUAAUAAAUUGUUGUAAUGUCUAGUAUUUACCCCCUCCCCCAACCAGAACACAACAUGAGACGUGAGAGGUGCCCUUGUUUCUUGUGUCUGUGCUUAGCGAUUUGAUGCUUGUAUGAACAUCUAAAUCUGAAAAAAAGAGAGAGAGAGAGAGAGAGAGAGACUGCUCGCAGUUUAGUCAAGAGUUGACAAGGACUUCAAAUGUUGACUCAGAUUUAGCUGUUGACGCUAGCGCGGGCAUCUAAAUCUGGAGAAAAAGAGAAAGAGAGAGUUUAGUUAAGAGUUGACGAGGACUUCAAAUGCUGACUCAGAUUUUUUUAAGCCUACUCUUCAGGUCUUUAAGUGAAACAAAGUACUUUCAUCUUUUAUUUAUUGCUGGACUUACUUGUACCCUCAGCUUUAGUUGUUGCUUUGCGCAUGCUGAUUUGUCCUUGCUCCUUUCAAACAGUGGUGAAAGUUACUGUCAAAUUAAAUUUAAAAAAUUAUUUGAUAAUAAUAACGAUUAAUAUCUGUAAAAGCAGAUAGAAAAUGUUCAUAAAACGUUGUCUUAGUUUCUUCACAUGUCAAAACUUUUAAAGGGAAAUUGGUCAAUUUGUUUAAAACUUUGUUCCAAAAAAGGGGAUAGUAAAGGGAGCGAAACGCGAGCGCACGAUGUCGCCUUUUCUCACGUGGGGUGAUUUUCAAGCGAGCUCGCGUUUCACUCGCUGUACUAUCCCUGAGGAAAAAUGGGGGACUACUCGUAGUCCAACAAGGUGUAAACGUUUGUAUUGCAACGCCGUUGCAGUCAAAUUUAGGUUUAAAGGUUCAGUAUGUAACGAAGCCUUUAAUACUAAGCCUUGGCGUGGUUUUUUUUUAAAUUCACAGACGCGAGGCUCCAGAUGACACGUCUGUCUUUUCGUUUCCUAAAUCACCCAGAAUAAAUCUUACCUUUAGUACCUUUUCGCCAUCUAUGCCGAGUAUGUCGUCUACAACCUUUCAGGAAACUGAAGAUUUAAUACCAAGACCCAAAACUGCACCGAUCCCACCCACCCUGGAGUCACCAAGAGCUAAUCCAAGAAUUACAAGUGCAAAACCACCACCACCCCCACGAGGUUUGUAUUUGCGCUAUACUGCGUUGCGAUAGUUCUUUGACUUAGUGCACAGCUUCAAAUAAGCGCUCUUUCAAGUUUUCACACCCUGUGGAGAUGCAAACACGCACCCAGGACGAUUCCCUCUUUCCUAUUACCAGUAAGAGGCCGUCAUUAGGAGAAAAAAAAACAGCUUUGUCACUAGAAUAAUUUCUUUGCAGCUCUUGGAACUACGCCAAGCCAUUUACACGAGAUAAUUAAUGCAGAUGUAGGUUUUGGCCGCUAUCAGCGCCAGGCUCCAGUUCCCCGACGAAGACUCAGUCGCAGUCCUUCUCCAUCAUUCCAUUUGGGUUCCUCUAGAGGCACCACUCCUGACUUCAACAAAGUUCAACGUUUGGCCAGUCCAGACGGCAAGGUAGUUCUCUCUGACCUUGUUUUAAAUUCACAAACGCCCAUCGUCGGAGACUUAGCCCACGAGCAAGAACUCCAUUCAUGGGAUACCCUAUUAGAGGAAAUUAAUGCUUCAUAAAAUUAAUGCAUUAAUUUUGGUCGCGUCAAUUUCUGUAAACGUAAAUUUCUGCGCCGUUGAUUAAAUGUUGCGUAGAUUUCCGCGACCUUAGUUUCCAUUAUUUUGACCCCAAGUUCUCAAUGCACAUUUGACGUUCUUGACACCUAAGAAAGAGGAGUAUUUAUCAGAGUGCGGAGCCGUCAUCAGUAGAACUUGAAGUGGCCAGAUUUCUUCGCCUAACCACCUUCGUAGGUUUAAGGAAAGACCCACAACAAAGCUGGAAACUGCGUUUCUGAGUUUUUUAUUUUAAAAAUUUCCUUGGGCCAUGUCCCCAGACCCCCCUAGGUAGCUUGCCGCACAACAAAAUUUCACGUCCGCUGCUUUCAGAAAUAUAUCCGCUACUUUAGAAAACUGUCGAAAACCCUGCUGACCGUCAUUUUUUUAUGUGAAUUAGAGUGAGGACUGGAAUCGAACGUCCCAUGUUAUCGAGGAAGAGGAUGAAGCCUCAUUUCCAGCAGACCAAGGGGAAUCUGGGAGCGGAUCUCGCCGCCCAUCAAGCGCGGGUUCCUUACAACGUCGUGGUGAAGAGAAAGUUAGCGUGCAGCGGAGAGCUUUGAGCGCUGGUAAGAGUGGUAAUUUGCAGACCAGCACAGAACGCAAAGCAGCCUUUAAAAGGGCUUCGCCAGGCUAUUUGCUAUCUUUUUAUAAAGCUAAAACGUUUCUUUGCAUCAGUUGAAUUCCAAAAGACCAUAUUUAGACUUUGAAACUGUUUCCUGUUGUCUGUUGUAAUGGAUGGCAAGGAUAGACAUGGAUUGAAACUUGAAAAUUUGGGCCAACUUUUUCAAGUUUUAACCCUUUCACUGCCAGAGUGAAUGAUUGAGUUUUGUGAGGUGGUUCUAACUUUUAUGUUUGUGGUCAAAAUGCUAUGGAAUGACCAUUCAAAUGAAAUCUGUUAGGAAGUACUUUCAUGUGGUGCUAUUUGUUUUUAAAAAUUUUACGAAAUGAAAUUUGGGAUUUUUGUGGAAUUUGCCUCUGGUCACGUUUUGCAGUGAAAGGGUUAAUGCCAUGCCUGCAAAAAUCGCCGAAAAAAUAUUAUGGGUAGUAGUCCCUAAUGAAAUUUGUUUGAUAUCUGCUUCAUACCUCCAAAGACACAUUGUUUGUAUGGUUAAAGCACUUUAUAGCGACCCCAGUACAGAAUUGGUCUAAAACAGCAAUAUCCUUGGGACAUAUCCCCUUUAACAUUUAUAACGGACAUACUAGGACAGAGAACUUUCCUUUUGUUUAGUUGAAUUUAAUACGUAUAGUAACAGAGACGGUAUAUGGUAGCCUGUACCAGGCUUUCAGAUAGAGGGAAGGCGCGAAAACAAGGUCAAGCUGUGAAAACAACAAUGGAAAUCUUUCUUGUUAGGACUUCUGUUGCCUGUUCCAGGCUCUCAGAUAGUGGGGAAGACGCGAAAGAAAAAGGCAUGCGAAAAGUUGGCGGGGCGGGAAAAAGGAAAAAGGAAGGGAGAGUUUCCUCCCGUUUUAUUUUCGUGUUAGCGCUUUCUCAAUUAUCUCGGAGCCUGGAACAGACUAGGACUUCUGAAGCUGAGAUCUCGAACUCGAGGUUAAAAUAGCCACUUUUUUAUUUUAGUACAACAACCGUGUUCGUUUUCUAACGUGGCGUGCUUUCUCUCUUCAGGAACAGCAAGCAAAAAGUCCCGUUCCAGUGCCCACUCUAGCCGCAGUGCGAGCCUUUCCAGUGUAUCUCAUCGUUACGACAGAACGCUCUCCGCACUGUCACGUGAUCAAGAGAAUGUGCUUCAUCCCGUGACAUUCGAAGACCUAGAGCGCGAUGAAGACACACCAACAUGGCCGGGAAUGCAGGAGAGAUAUUCGAGCAUUGAAGAUGAUUCGGCAGAGGUUGUUGAAGGUGGCCGAAAUUCAUUGGAGCAAUUUACUCGGGAGAUGGAUGAUUCAAGAGUUAUCUCCCCUUCACGUGAUAGUUUCGUGUCGAGUUCACGUGAUCUUAGGUCACCUUCACGUGAUUCUGACGUAUCUCCAUCACGUGAUAGUGUUGUCUCACCUGCCAAUGAUGUUGUUAACAGAGGUCCCUUGCCUCCUCGUCAUAGUUCCUCGGUAACCUCUCGGAUGGGUUCGCCAUCUACUCGCUCACCUUCAGUGCAGUCUCGUCGAGGCACUAAAGAAAGAACACGUGGAUCAUCAGCCGCGUCUUCUGACGCAAUUGAACAAUGGGAGGAAGCAGUGAAAUCAGUUGAUAAUAUAGGGGUGGGAAAGUCCUCCUCAUCCUCUUUGAGUGAGCAUGGUGUUUUAAGCCGGCAGAGCGAUCUCAAACAGGAGAGGAGCCGAGUAGAAAGCGGCACGAGGAUGUCAAGUGGAAAGUCGGCCAGUGGAGGCGCGGUAACAAAGGCGACUCUUGGGAGUGAAGCUGAUCUGGCUCAAGUGUCUGAGACACAGGUUAGAUCUCAGUCAGUGGUGGAUGGUUUAUAUGAAGACCUGCUUGUUGGAGAGGAAACUGCUGACCAGGAAUGGCCUGGCAUGUUUGAGCGUUCAGAAGACUAUGAGCCAGACGAAGGACAUGAAAGUGACGAGAGUGAUAGUAUUAUGCAAGGUAAUUAGAAGGUAUUAGCAACAGGAACUGCAAGCACUUAACACUUCCCAGUGGAGUGUUGACUUUGAUUCACUGUUUUAUCUUUUUAGACCUGGCAAUUUCGCCCGUUGAUGAUCUAACAGAAGCGUCACGUGAGAAUACAUUUCACCCUGUACCUUCUCUCAGUGAAGAAGAAAUCGUGGACCCAGUUGCUAAUAUACAGCAAGGUAAUACAGCCGUGAUUUGCCGCUAUUCACAUUCUUAUAUUCCCGUCGUUUUCCUUGCUUCUUUGUUUAGAUUCCAAAAUUCACGAGACUUCAAACUUUGAACUUUAAUUACUAUUCUAACAAGUAAUUAAACACGGCGCUGUGAGUAAGUAACAAAGCAGAGCUGCAAGUAAGUAACUGAAUUAAAUUCCUUGCAGAGAUUAUUCCAACUGCAGCAGAAGAAGAGGAAGUAUUAACAGGAACACCGGUUAAAAAUGCGCAUGAAGACGAGGCUUUGACGCCUAGUCGUUCUUCAGAGCUACACGAAAACGAGGCCUUACCCCCAGUAACCUUAACUUUAGAUUUGGAAGAAAAAGUUCAAUCUGUGAGUACAAAGACCAACGCGCCUUCGCCGGAUGUUGACCUAGUUGGGGCCGGAACAGCAGUAAGUGGUCAAACUGGUGACGUUGUCGCGGAGUCCAUACCAACGGAAGCACUGGCUUCGGCUGAUGUUUCUUCAGGUAAAUUUUCCGGGUUUAGUCCAAACAGCGGAAAAACAUUAUUCUUAAAGAACGAAAACGUUAAGGAAGGGAAAAUUAAAGGGCGACGCAUGAAGAGGAAUAGAUAUAGUGUCACUUGAGGUCUAGAAAAUCGACGGCUCCUGGUUCGACUGGUAGAAUGGCAUGACUUACGAACAAUAACCUUUAAUAAUGAAAAUUCGAACGCCCAGUCACUCGAAGGUAUCGAUGACUUAAAGUAAAGGCACUUCCUUUUUCUUCUUUAAUGUAAUUUAGCUCCUGAUAACAAUCCUCCACCGAUGACAUAACCCAGUCUCUCACCGAACUAAGCCCUAUAUCCUUACAUGAGCGUCAACAAUAUAUUUUUAGCUGAUAGUUCAUGUUGUACUGAUUUCAACGAAAUAAUUCAAUUUAAAUUACAGUCGUAAACUCAACUAUUGCCAUUGCGCCUUUAUCUGAAAAAAAUUCAUCAAACGAAAACAAGAUUUUUCUUUAAAGAAGUGCGGUGUAAAUAGUCUUUACACGCUGUUCAUCGCAAGUUAGAAAUAGCAAAAUUCCAAUUUGGAAUUAAUUAUCUUUGUACAGAAAUCAAAAUUCUGGUUUUCCAAGUGGUUCAAAAUGUCAAUUUUGAACACCAUGUAACAAAUUUAUUUAGGGAAUUAAACUCGUGUACCAAAAAGAAAUAAAAAGUGUACUGAGAAAUUGUGCAUUUGGAAUAUCUUGUUUGGUAUUUUGUCAUUCAUCAUUUUAUAUGAUAACCCUCUUGCAUUCAGCUGUAUACAUAUCAAGAUCUUUUAUUGUUAUUCCAUUUUGCUAAUAGUUUUUUUUCGUUUUUUAACUGCUUAUAAUUUUUGGUGUCAUAAUCUCUUCGUUUUUAUAACUGAAGUGCCGAUGGUUUUCGAUCUUAUUCGUUUGAAACGCAAAUGAUGACGUUAACUGCCCGUGCAAAAACAUUUUAAAAUGACUUGUCUCUUUUCCUUGUUUUAUCACGGUCAUUACUGCCUGUCAUACGAAUAUGCAUCACGUUAAUGCUAUAUCCCGUAGCAUUCAUAUUUAGCGUUAAAAUUAUGCAAACUUAUUUGCAUUACAUUAAGUUGUGGGCUUGGGGCGAUGCGGUUUCUUCAAAACAUAGUAAUCAAGGCCAUAGAACAAAACGAUAUAAUCGACAGAAAUAAACACAUUAUCUCCUUUGCCUCUCGUUCCCUAGGAUAUAAAGCAUAAUUUCUUAAAAUAAAUUAAUAUUUACCACACCAGUGAAAUGAUGGAGCUUGAUGCUUCCGCUGAUUGGUUAGCUUGGCAGUGAAUACUGUAGCAUUUACGUACGAGCGAUCGUUUCGUUUGAGAUUUUGUGUUUUAUUGUCACAAAACAUAUUCAUUGAUUAGACCGCUGGCGAUUAACGCGUGUAGCAUACACUGAAGCAAUUAUUCAUCGUUUUGUUGGGGAAGAGGGAAGAUACUGUAUCUAGUAAAUAAUCAAAACCGAUCGCCCUACACCAAGUUCACUUUGGUGAAUAAUUGCAAACAAUAUGCCUUGGUAUAACCUACCUUGAUGAAUUCGUCGAGUUCGUUUCUCAGUGAGUCAUUCCAUCUUUCAUGGAUUAGCUGUAACAGAUCACUUUUUUUUCGUUAUAUCAUCUGUGUCUGUCUUUUUUCCAGAAUCAGAGAUCGCUGUCUUGAGUUCGCCAGGAGUUCUCAGAGAAAAACCAGCGGAGAUCCCUCGGGCCAGUUCUCCCACGCCAAUAAAAGUUGAUCAAAUACUUCACAAGGAACUUCUAGCAGAAACUGGCCUGUCGAUCGAGGGACAGGUAAGAUUUGUGCCUUUUGAUACAAUUUCUGCUCUUGCUACUGGGUUAUAAGAGAUCAAAAUUGAAAAAAUAUAAAGUAUCAAAAUUCAAGCAACGGGAACUGUCACCAAAUUGACUGAAACAUGAAAAUAACCGCUCACAACAUUAAAACAACGUAUAUAUAACACAGCAAAUACAAAAGACGGAAGGUAUGGAAAGAAAGAUCUUACUUGAUUCAUGUAGAGUUUUUCGCGACUGCGCCAAAAUCGGGCAAGUGAAAGAGAGGGCUGUGCUGGAAGGGAGUGCUGUUUCAAUCUUUGGAAGAGAUUGUAUGGUUCAAACAGUCACGUUAUACCUAGCCGGCGUGGCAGGCGUUAAAAGGGGAUUUGGCCGCGCGAGAGCGCGUGGGCGCGCGAGGGAGAAGGAAAGAAAGUUCCCCUCUUCCCUCCUCCCUCGCGCGUGGUCUCGCGCCCUAAUUCCCUUCCACUUCCUUUCGAGCGCCUGCCACGCAGGCUACGUUAUACCCUAUCACCAGAACAUUUGUAUGUUACUGUAUUUGCUUGUAAUACAUGCGUUUGUUUGGGCUUGGAUCUGAAAAAAAAAAGACGCCUUAGUUUUUAUGCAUUAUUUUAUCAAAUUAUUGUAUUUGGAUUCCGUAUACAAGGUUCAUCCUCUAGCCAUCUGCGUGGCUCAUUCUAAUAGAUUUUUGUCUCAAUUAUGCCUUAGUUGGGCAAUCGUCGACCUCCUUCGCCUUACAAAGAAACCAUUGACAUCGAAAAGUCACGUCCUUCGUCACCUGUGACGGAAGAAGAGAGAAACGUUCCAGUGAGUAUCGGACAGGCCGUGCGAAAUUACCUGGAGUCUGGAAAAGAGCCUCAAAUUCGUGAGAGAUCUGCGCGGAGUAGGCGUUGUUCGGAAGCUGGAACCGAGGAAAAGGAAAAUGCAGUGAAAACAGAUGAGACAAUGGUACCAAAGAUGGAAGCUAAAGAGCCAGUAAUCAAGUCUAAAACGGAAGUUUCUAAAACAACAAUAGACAAACAGUCUAAGCCUGUGGCAUCAAGCUUAAACGAAAAAUCUAAAGAUUUGCCUUCCAACAAGAAGAAAGUUGAAGAAAAGCCAAAUUAUACUGGGUUGAACUUGGUGAAUAGAGACGGCAAGCUUAGAGAAGUCAAAGAACCAACGGAUGAAGAAAGAGAGGCCCGCCGUCAGAUGGUCAGCAGUCUGUUCCAAAAACGGGAUGCGCCUACUCAGGGAAAGCUGGAGUUGGAAGGGAUUGGUAAAGAGGGUGACGAGGGCGAGUCUCUUUCAGAAGGACUGGUGACUAGAACUAGUCCAACGAACUCUGAUAAGAGCAAGAAAAAUGAUUUGUCGGAUCUUGCGGCACUUGUGGCUAAGAAGAAAACUGCUAGUAAAACCAAAGAAAAGGUUGGUCUUAAAAAGUGUUGCAUGUGUAAGUAACUCUCUCUUAAAAAAACCAGGAGCUCUUAGGCGGAGUGUGCGACUCUCAUUCUUUGCUUAUAGAACGGUGUUUUCAUAGAUCGGUUUAUUUUUUGCAUCAUUUGAAGACAUUUUCCGUGGAAAAUGGAAACAAAACUUAGUAUUUGUGCGCAUCAGUAAUAUGAUAUAUGACAAAAAAUAUUAAUAAGCAAAUGUCUUCAAAUCGUAAGAGAUACUAUAUUUUGGUUUAUCGCUGACUGAUUUUUAAGUCUUCUUUCACCGUCAUAAUUCGCGGAAAAAAGCGAUAUAAAAAUUAAAACUCCGUUGCGUGAGCUCAAGGGAGUUAGUUACUCGCUCCGGGGGUCAGUUUAAUAAAACUUUUAUAAGUUUAAUUUACAAGUAUGUAUAGCCAAUACUUUAGAGUCUGAAAACAACAGCUACACUUAUAAAAUUGCUGUAAAAUUUGCCCCGGGGUUUAGGCCCCUGCGAUCACCAAUCUUCCCGGCUCUUCAGUCAUUUUUCUGGAUCCUUUAUACGGGUAUGCCUCUGGAAGAGGGUUCUUCUCCUCUCGUGAUUCUUAAAGUAGACUACAAAUAUUUUACGUAAUGCUCGAUUACUGUUUAACAUACUCAUAAGCUCGCCACUUUUAGGUUAGCCACCAUAACCGCACGGUGACACUUCUUUUUAAAGCUAUGAUAUACAACUGAACCUAAGAUGAAAUUGGUUUGAUUAGCAUUGAGUCCGUUUGGACCAAAGUGAUAAGAUUAGCAGAUUUGUUGUGCCAAUAAGACAGAUCAAUUUUACAGGAUAUAAAAACAGCGUCAGUAAAAUCAACUAUAGCGAGCGUCAAACAAGAAAGAAAGGAAUUUCAAAGUUAACUGCUUGUUUUUCUGAAUGAUUUCAGAAACCCGAGUCCAAGAAAAAAUCUGGAAAAUCGUCGAAAUCUGCAAAGAACAAAAGCGAGAUCACCAUAGACCCAGAGAACAUUGACUUUGACGCUUUCAACACACCGGAAAUGUUAGAAGGAAUGGACGACGAGCUGCGUCAAUUUGUUGAGGAGCAGAGCAAAGGUGACGUCACUUCUGCUGCCACCACUAAACCCAGUGACACUGCCGUUGUUAGUAAAGAAGUCAAAAGACAAGAGUCAGUGCAAACGUUAGAAAUUCCGCAAGUGGCCCAGGACGUUCCUGCCGAGAAAAGAGAUGCUCAUGCACCUUCUAAACCAAAGAAAUUAUCCAAGAAAGAGCUGGCUAAGAUGCGAGCGGAACAGCGUAAAGAGGAGCGAAAGAGAAGGGAAGAAGAGAAAAGAUUAAAAGAAGAAGAGAUGAGACUGAUGAAGGAGCGAGAAGAAGAGGCGGCGAGAGCCAAGGCAGAAGCAGAAGAGAAGCAAAAGAAUAUUGAAGAAGAAAAGUUAAAAAGGCUGGCAGAUGAAGAGGAAGCCAAAAAACAGGAAGAAGAAGCUUUGGAGAAGCUGAGAGAAGCCAAGAAAAAGGCACGCGAAGAAAGAGAGGUCAGGAGAGCUGCUGAAGCUGAAAGAAGAAGACUGGAGGUACAAAAGAAACGCGAGGAGAAAAAGAAACGAGAUGAAGAGCUGAAAGAGCGAGAGAAAGAACUUGAGCAGCAGCGAAUGGAUCGCGAGAAGAGAAUGGCGGAAAUUGAAGAGGCUAGGCGAAGGAAAGAAGAGUUGGAACGUUUGGAGGAAGAGCAGCGGCGUGAAGAAGAACGAAUCCGAGCGCUGCAAGAGGAGGAGGAAGAACGACGGCUGGAGGAAGAAAAGAUCCGCGAGGCUGAAGAAGAGUUACGGAGAAUACAGGAAGAACGAGAGUAUCGUGAACAGAUGAGGAGAAUUGCGGAGAUGCAGGAAGCAAAACUACGACAGGAAGAGGAAGAGAGGAGGAGGAGAGAGGAAGAGGAACGUCAACGGAUGGACGAAGAAUGGCGUAAAUGGGAGGAGGCGGAGCAAAGGCGAAUCCAAGAGGAACAAAAAAGAAUUGAGAUGGCGCGCAGACUGGAGGCGUUGGCGCGCAUGCGCUCUGCUCAAGCGGCCGCGCGUAGGAAGGCAUUGUUACUGAAACGAAGAGAGGAAAACGUAGAAAGGAUGCAAAACUUGAAGCAUACGCGUUGUGGACAAGGUGUUACUCGAGCGUUCGUAUUCACAUACUAUACACACAUUCCAAGGAAGGUGUGGGAAGUACCGAUUGGGUUCAACAAGAAGAAGAAAGGAUAUGGAUCACCAAGGAGAAAACCCGCUCCACCAAAACCUCCAUGAUCAGAAGGUAUAAUUUAACGACAACGAAUAUUUCUGCUUUAGGGUUUGUUAAUUCAGUUGGACCUCCCCUCAACGGCCAAUUUGGGGACAGAGGAAAGUGGCCCUUGUAGAGAGGUUUAAACAAGAGUAAAUGUAUGGACUGUCCGCCAAAAAAGAGUAGGCGUUGUGGAGAGGUGGCUCUUAGUCAAAGGGCCAUAUAAGUUAAACAUCUUCAAUCUACUCUAUGUGAACCUAAGAUUGAAGUUUUCCCAUUUAAUUUGAAGUACAAUUUAAGGGUCGGAGUAUGAAAGGGAGUAGUCGUAAUUCAUGACGAGCCUCAAAUUAUCUGCUUCUUAGCACCCGUCUGUGGUGGAAGGUAGCACAUGAGUGAAUGUCUUCUCAUAGAUAGCCAGUUGUCUUCGUAGGAGAUAAUACUGCCGUAAUCCAUCCUUAGCUAAUGGCUUUAGAUACAACAAACCAUCCACAGCAAGUGUGUUUCUCUUGAUGUUGUCAAGUUUAAUAUACAGACUAAGAAAGCGUUGUAAGCUUUUGAUGUAGGAUAUCACGACGGCGAAGUCAACGGGAACGUCAAAAAACCAAUUGGAUUAAUAACCAAAGCAAAAUAUCUGCACGUGCAUCACACUUUGUUGUACAUUUCUUUGCCUUCGUUGCACGACUAUGACGUAAAACGUCAAGAUGUGACGUUUUAUACAGCACCUGAACACACGACUACAAGUCUUUUUUUCUCUUUCUAAGCAUUCAAAUCGAAGAGAACUCGCCCACCUCUGUCAAACUAAGCAAGUUGGAACAAUCAUUUUGAAUUUCUAAAAGACUUUUUAAGUGACACUUUAGCCCCGUCGCCGUCGUGGUACCUUAAGUUCCUAACGCUAAACAUUUGUCUCCUGAUAGUUGUAUUUUUUCACUUCUAACACUUGGUUUUUUAGUUCUUUUGUUGAGUAACUGUAAAUAUGCGGAAAAUUAUUGCAAGACGUUAAUGAUGUUAUUUAAGGAACAUUGACUUGUACAGUUCAGCAGUCUUUGUACAUAGUGACUUAAAAAAAAGCCCAUUGAACAGUUUAUGUUAGAGUUGUACAAAAUUAUGAAUAAGUGCAAUAUUUUUGAUAUAUUUUUCCUUGUAUGAAGAAUUGCUCAUUUAAUCAUUAGAAAUGUAAAACAAAAGCAGAGAAUUUCUAUUUAAUUUAAAUAGUUUAUACAAGUUUACAGUAGAAGCCCAAAUUAAGAAAGUGUGAAGCUAACAGGGAGAAUGUCAGUGUUAGUUACAGCAUGGGUGCGAUAUAUUGGGGCCUUGUGCAACACAUUAGAGACCUUUCGGACUCUGAGAUGAGAAAGACUCGACAAGACAUCUGGAUUACAUUAAUUCAGUCGAAAUCUAUCGUCGUCGUUAUAUCAGGUUAAUUUUGGUAUAAAUAGAUGGGCUUCUAUUUGUAAAAAGGAAAAACACACGCAAUGGAUAGAAUGCUAUUCAUCUUUGUGGUUAUUCUUUCUAGAUCUAGUCAGUACAAUUUGUAUGACGUGGUUCCGUGAACAAAAAUUUAUUUAAUUUUGAUGCUAGCGAAGUGUAAAGGUUAUAUUUUUGAUAAAUACGUUCGCAUGAAAGGGGAAAUCAAAUCGGAAAAGGUAUUAAUAUCUAUCUUGACUGAAACAUUUUAAAAUUAACAAAU